AUGCUCCAAGCCUCACCUUUCGGACCUCCUGAUGAUCGACCGCAUGUCGCUGUCCCCUUGAGGGAUCUCGUCGGAAGCAUCAAGAUGGUCAUCGGCAUCACCGAGCAGCUGAAUCCUGUGGAUGGCGGAAGCGAGACUGAGGGCCCCAAAGCGAAGCCCAAGUAUUAUCGACCUUCCAGAGCUGCGGCAGCGAUUUCGGCACGUGUCCAACGCGAGAGCUCUGAGCUGUUCCAAUCCGCCUUUGAUGAGGCAGUCGGUGUCACCCACCCGUCUGGAUACAAAUCCAUUUACGACAUUCCUGUCACCGCGGAAGAGCGGGCUUCUCUCCAGAAACCCAAGGACAAGCGUCCCUAUGCUCGGAGGCAUCGUCCCGUGCCCAAGCCCAAGAACGGCCAGAAGCUGCCUCAUGGAUUUCGCGAUCGCCUAGCUGACGUUCUCCACCAUAAGAUGAUGUAUGUCUCUGGCGAGACUGCAGAGCCGUCUCCUGAAACCACGAGCAUGAUCGAAGACAUUGUUCGUCAGCAAGUCAUUGAGCUGCUCAGGAACUGCACCGACUUGGCUGCACGCCGCGGAUCUCGAUCUAUCACUAUUAAUGAUCUGAUCUUCCAAAUUCGCCACGACCAGGCCAAGGUUUCUCGUCUUCGCACGUUCCUGUCAUGGAAGGAUGUUCGAAAGAACGUGAAGGACUCAGACGACAAGGGAGGCGAAGCUGACAUUGGCGCUGGUGAGGAUCCGGCCGGUGGAGUGAUGCCUGGAGGCCCGGUCGAUGAUGCAGCGAAGAAGAACAAAAAGGCCAAGGUCGGCCUUCCUUGGGAGCCUUCCUCGUUUUACAGCCAGGAAGUCCCCGAGCGCGAUGAUGAGGAGGACGAAGAGGAGGAGGAGAUGAACUUCAUCACCCUCCAACGCCUACGCAAGGCCGAUGAGCGUACUAAGGCCAUGACCAAGGAGGAGUAUGUCACCUGGUCCGAAUAUCGACAGGCUUCGUUCACGUACCGCAAGGGCAAGCGCUUCCGUGAGUGGGCCGGCUUUGGAAUCGUCACAGACAGCAAGCCAUCCGAUGAUAUCGUCGACAUUCUCGGUUUCCUCACGUUCGAAAUGGUCCAGACUAUCACCGAGCACGCCCUCAAGGUCAAGGAGCAGGAGGAUCUGUUCAAAGCUCUCAAUGGAGGCGACAAUGCCGGCUCAAAGAAGCGCAAGGUUGCAACUGGCCUCUUCGACCCGCCCAGCGAGGGCAGAUCCCCGAUCGAACCGCGUCACGUUCAAGAAGCCUUUAGACGUUUGCAGCAGCGUCCCAAGAAGACCAGAGCUAUGCUCAACGGCACGAAGCUGCCUCAACAUACGGCUCUGAACAUUGUAAGUUGA